AUGUAUCACCUGGUCAAAUCGCUCUAUCUGCAUGCGACAAGCAAAGAAGAAUACUCGAUUCUCCUCCUUGGCCUCGACAAUGCCGGAAAGACGACCUUGCUUGAACAGAUCAAAGCCUUGUUCAGUCCGCAUCUCCACCCGAAGCUCAACACGGUCCCCACCGUCGGUCAAAAUGUCUCUACUGUCGACUUGCCCGACAUCUACCUCAAGAUAUGGGACGUCGGCGGCCAACACUCGCUGAGAGGGCUAUGGCAGUCGUACUACAGCAGCUGUCAUGCCAUUGUGUUUGUCAUUGACAGCACUGAUGUAGGCGAUGGCGACCUCGAACACCUCAGCAAGGGACAAGAUGCCGUCGAAGAGCAAGGAAGGCUAGACGAAUGUAGGCUGGUGCUAGAGAGCAUCCUACAGAAUGGAGAGACUGAAGGCGUCCCUCUUCUCGUCCUGGCCAACAAACAAGAUCGCGAGGACUGCGUCGAGGUCGUCCGCAUCAAGGAGGGCCUGGUGCGUAAAAUCGUCGAAGGUGAAAAAGGCGGAAGCGUCAGAGACAGCAGAGUCCUCCCACUGAGCGCCUUGACCGGCACUGGUGUCAAGGAAGCCGUCGACUGGCUCUGCAGCAGGGUCAAAUGGAACAAGGAAGCAAGGCCGCCAGCUCUACGCUGA